AUGAUUGUUUUGCACGAGUAUCCACUCAAUAUGGUUGAGCAUGAUGGAUUUAGAAGCUUUGUCAACUCUCUCCAGCCAUUAUUCAGACAUGUAUCUCGAACUACUAUUAGGAGGGAUAUUUCGAAGAUAUAUGAGAAUGAAAAGACCAAGACAAUGAACUCAAUGAAUGACAAUCGUAGUAGAGUUGCGAUUACAACUGACUUGUGGACAUCAAAUAAUCAAAAGAGAGGGUAUAUGGUGGUGACUGCACAUUAUAUUGAUGAAUCUUGGAUUUUGCGUUUAUAUAUGUGCCCCCCCCCUCAUACUGCUAAACUUCUAACAAAAGUGUUGAUGGAGUGUUUGAUUGAAUGGUCUAUUGAGCGUAAGUUGUCUACCCUUACCUUAGAUAACUGUAUUGUGAACAUUGCGAUGAUGGAUCAAAUGAAAGAAAAAUUGAGAAAUGCUUCUUUACUAAUGAAAGGGGAACUACUUCACAUGAAAUGCUCUGCUCAUAUCUUGAACUUGAUUGUUCAACAAGAACUAGGGGCAAUUCAAGGUGCCAUAGAAACUAUACGUGAGAGUGUAGUUUUUUGGACUGGCACUCCAAAAAGAGUUGAAAAGUUUGAAGAGGCUAAGAAAGGAUUAUCAUGCUCUAGCAACAAAAGGUUAGUGCUUGAUUGCAACACUAGGUGGAAUUCUACUUAUUUGAUGCUUACUAGUGCCAUUACAUAUAAAGAUGUAUUUAGUCGCCUAAUACAUACUGAGAAAAAUUACAAAAAAGAACCUAGUGAGCGAGAUUGGCUUUUGGCAAAAGUUAUGUGUGAAAAAUUGAAGUUGUUUUACAAUGAUUAUGGCAUUAAAUAUGAUAUGAUGGAUAAAUUUGAGCAGUAUUGGACUUCCAUUCAUGGCAUAUUAGCCAUAGCAACUGUUUUGGAUCCAAGGUUCAAGAUGAAAUUGAUUGAGUAUUACUUUCCUAAAAUUUAUGUUGGUGAAUAUCAAAAUGAAGUUAAGCGAAUUAGAAUGUUGUGCUAUGAUUUAUUGAAAGAAUAUAAAUCGAAUGAUGGAAAACAAAAUCUUCUUGAACCUUUAUUCAAUGCUUCUGGAGUUGGUGGAGAUAAUGAUGGAUGUGUAGAUGAUUUAGUUGGUUUUGACUUGUAUGUUAGUAGUACUUCAAAUGUGGAAACUUACAAGUCUGAGUUAGACUUAUACUUGGAGGAAGCAGUUUUGCCUAGGAGUGGAGAGUUUGAUAUUUUAGCUUGGUGGAAGACAAAUGGUCUUAAAUAUCCAAUAUUACAACAAGUUGCUAGAGAUGUUUUGGCUAUCCCAGUGUCUACAGUUGCUUCUGAGUCUACUUUCAGUACUAGUGGAAGACAUGUGACUCCUUGUCGUAAUAGGCUUCAUCCGAACAUGUUGGAGGCUUUAUUUUAUGUUAUUGCUGUUUUCAUUUAA